AAGAAGCUCGGGCAAGAGACUAUGAAUUGUACGCUAUAAGGAGGUUUCGCAACUACAGGGGAUUAUUAAGGGCCAUGGCAAACUCUUCUCAACAUAUAAAUAGAAAAAAAUCAAGGACUCUCUGGGAAGGGGGCGAGCACGUCUUUAUGGCGAGGCGGAUUUAAUAAAGAGGGCGGUAGUAUCAAAGAAACACGGUAUUUGAGUAAGCGAGUCAAUGAUUCGAUUUUUUACAACUCGACAAAAACACUUUGACAUGACAGGUGCUGAUCUGACUGUACUAUAAAACUACUACAGCUACUAAAUUUCUUUUAUUUCCAAUACAAGAUGAAAUUCGAAGUAUCAAAGUCUCCUACAGACGAGCUUUCACUGAAAAAUUGUGUAGUGUUACAUCCUGAUGAUAUAAAAAAGCUUGAUCCAAAAUAUGAAGCCAAUGAACUUCAUAAAACGUAUGUUGCCAUAUCUGGAGAUCGUGGAGAAUACAUAUUUGCUGUAAUAGAUUCAACUAAGAUGAAAACAGGCACUUUAGGCCUAAGUGCUGUGCAACGUAGAUGGAUGCAAGUGGGAUUACAAAAACUGGUUGAAACUCACUUGUACACAACCAGGAUUAAUUUUUUAGCAGCAAUUACUUUUGAAGCAGAUUUUCUUCAAAAAACAAAGACCAGCAAAGAUUCUUUUAACACUGACAAAAUGUUGGAAGCUGUCUAUGAUACUUUCAUGUCAGUGCCGUUUUCCUAUGAGCAAGAAAUAGUGUUUAAAUUUGGAAAUAGACCAUUUUUAUUAUUGAAAGUCAAAGAGCUACAAGCUAUGGAUGCUUCGUUAUUAUCUGGUGAAAAGCCAGACAAUACAAGAAAAGUUAAUGUUGGCAUUUUGACUGCGAAUACAACAGUAUUGUUUGACAAAAAGGAAGAAUCGAUUUUGUCACUUACAGGCAAAGCUAAAGCAAAAUCAGCAACAACAUCAAUAAUCAAUCCUGAAUGGGAUUUCUCGAAAAUGGGUAUUGGCGGUUUGGAUGAUGAGUUUUCUGCAAUAUUUAGAAGAGCGUUUGCAUCUCGUGUAUUUCCACCAGAAGUUAUUGAACAAUUGGGACUGCAACAUGUUAAAGGGAUCUUGUUAUUUGGUCCUCCUGGUACUGGAAAAACAUUAAUGGCACGGCAGAUUGGAAAGAUGUUGAAUGCCAGAGAACCAAAAAUUGUUAAUGGUCCUGAAAUUUUAAAUAAGUAUGUUGGUGAAUCAGAAGCAAAUAUUCGUAAGUUAUUUGAAGAAGCUGAAAAUGAGCAAAAGAAAAUGGGUGCAAACAGUGGACUGCAUAUGAUUAUAUUCGAUGAAAUUGAUGCUAUUUGUAAACAAAGAGGAACAGUGACUGGUAGUACUGGGGUUGCUGACACAGUUGUUAAUCAAUUGCUUUCUAAGAUUGAUGGUGUUGAGCAGUUAAACAAUAUUCUUAUAAUUGGUAUGACAAAUCGAAAAGAUUUGAUUGAUGAGGCUCUCAUUCGUCCAGGUCGGCUAGAAGUGCAAAUGGAGAUUGGUCUACCCAGUGAAGAAGGAAGACUUCAAAUUCUUAAUAUUCACACAGCUAGACUUAAAGAACAUAAUAAGCUUGAAAAUGAUGUAAAACUUGCUAGGCUUGCUGCUCUCACAAAGAAUUACAGUGGUGCAGAAAUCGAAGGUUUGGUCCGAGCAGCAACAACGACAGCAAUGAAUAAGCUAGUGAAGGCUCAAAGUACUGUCACUGUCGAUCCAAAUGCCAUUGAAAAUUUAAAAAUCACUAAUGGUGACUUUUUGCAUGCUAUAGAAAAUGAUAUCAAGCCUGCAUUUGGUACAGCCUCCGAAGACAGUGAGCACUACCUUGCUAAUGGAAUUAUUAGGUAUGGUGAACCAGUGGAAAGCGUAAUUAAUGAUGGCAACCUUUUGAUUAAUCAAACGCGUAUGGGAAACUUGGUCUCACCAGUCAGUGUUUUGCUUGAAGGCUUAGAAGGGAGUGGCAAAACAUCCAUUGCUGCUCAUCUUGCAUACAAGUGUUCUGAAUUUCCCUUUGUUAAAGUUGUUUCACCUGAAAACAUGAUUGGCUACUCUGAGAGUGCGAAAUGUCAAGCCAUUAAGAAAAUAUUUGAUGAUGCGUACAAAUCAGAAUUGAGCUGUGUUAUUGUAGAUGAUAUUGAAAGGUUAUUGGAUUAUGUGCCUAUCGGGCCUCGAUUUUCCAAUGUUGUUCUUCAAACAUUGAUUGUUUUGUUGAAGAAAAAGUUGAGACAUGGUCGGAAGUUGUUAAUUAUUGGAACAAGCAGUUGUAGGGAUGUUUUGGAUCAAAUGCAGAUGUUAUCGUGUUUUAACACUGUCGUCCAUGUUCCUGCUAUCAUGAAUGCGAAUUAUAUAGUCAAUGUUUUGGAAAAGUUAAAUCACUUUACUCAAGAAGAGCUGACAGAUAUUGAGACCCAGUUAAGCAGUAAAUCAAUAUGUGUUAGUGUCAAAAAAUUAAUCAGUCUUGUUGAAAUGGCUGUUCAAGCUGGUCCAGAGGGUAGAGUUUUAAAAUUAAUCAUGCUCUUGGAUGAACAAUGUGGCAAAAAUUAAACUUAUUAUUUUAACAAGAUGUGUUAUGGUUUCUAAAUUUUAUUAUUAAAGUAAUUAUAUUUUUAUGAACAUAUUCAAGGGCUGUAUGCAAUGCGUUUGCUUUUCAAGGGCUGUAUGCAAUGCGUUUGCUAAAUCACAAUGUUUAGAAUAAAGCAAUUUUUUGGGAAGUAUGUAAAUCAACUUCGCUUAUUGUUUUUUUAGAUAUAUUUUGUAAAAGGUAAAAAUUAAAAUUAUGAAAUUACAUUUAAAUCUGUAUAUAAAGUCUUGCAUGCUAUAGUAAGGUGAUAAUCAUAAAGGAGUUUGUUAUUAUUAAAAAAAUGUAUUUCUAUGAGGAUGCUAUACGUAAUAUAGAACACGCUAUA